GAACGACACUCUCACCACUGACUUCCGAACUUUGAUCAACGACGUUGUAAGACUACUCAUAAGGGCAAGUGGCAUAGCCUCCUACAUUUUACAGGCGCGCAGAAGAACAGCCGGGAAACGUAUAUAUUGGCACCUUGAUCCCGACACUGGCAUCGCAAUACCAUCACCCACGAAUCCUCUGACGCGCAGCGCAAGCCAACUAUCGAAUCAUGUCAAAACUCGAAUACACCCCUGUCGAGGAGAUUCCAAAGAUCCACGCUGACCUCUACCGGGGCUUCCGUACCGGCAAAACCAAGUCUAUCGAGUACCGCAAGGACCAACUGCUCCGAUUAGCGUACCUGUUGCAAGACAACAAGAAACGGUUCGAGGACGCCCUCUUCGCUGACCUCGGGCGACCCCAUCCAGAGUCCGUCCUGCUUGAGCUUGACCCCCUCAUCGGCGACAUUAAAGAGGCGUAUGGCUCCGUCAAGAAAUGGUCCGCGACGGAGAAGGUACGGUUCAGCCCGAAGUGGUUCCCCAUGGGCCCCGCCAUCCGGAAAGAACCCAAGGGCGUUGCGCUGAUUAUCGCGCCGUUCAAUUACCCGGUGCUACUGCUUCUUGGUCCUUUCGCGAGCGCUAUUGCCGCAGGAUGUGCAGCAGUCAUCAAGCCGUCUGAGCUCACCCCAGCGACGAGUGCUCUGAUGGGAGAACUUGUCAGCAAGCAUCUCGACCAAGAUGUAUACCGACUUGUCAACGGUGCUAUCCCUGAGACUACCAAGCUUUUGGAGCUUCCGUGGAAUCAUAUCUUGUACACUGGUAAUGGUAGGGUAGCGAAGCUCGUCAGCCAUGCAGCGGCUGAGCACUUGACCCCACUGACACUUGAGCUUGGUGGCAAAAGCGCUGUCAUCAUCGAUCCGAAGUGUGACCUCCCCACAGCAGCUAAGAGAAUACUCUGGGGCAAAGUCGCCAACGCUGGGCAGAUCUGUCUGGCUCCCGACUACGUUCUUGUUCCGCGCCAAUUCCAAGACACCUUCGUUGCCGCUUUGCAGCGCGCCUUCAAUGAAUUCUUCCCGGUGGACCCGCUCAAGGCACCAGAAGGCACUAUGGCGCAUGUCAUCUCGGACGCCCACGUCCAGCGGCUUAAGCGACUGCUCGACGCGACUCGCGGUACCAUCGCUAUCGGUGGUCAAGUGGACGCCGCGCGGCGGUUCAUCGUCCCCACUGUUGUGAAGGACGUGAAGACUGACGAUGCGUUGAUGUCCGAGGAGAUCUUCGGGCCUAUUCUGCCGGUGCUUCCGGUCGAUAGCGUCGACGAGGCCAUUGAGAUCGUCAAUGCUCGGGACCACCCCCUUGCGCUUUACGUAUUCACAACAGACGCGAAGUUCAAGGCCAAAGUGUUCGACAACACACAGAGCGGGGCCGCGAUAGCGAACGAAGUCGUCAUUCAUCUCGGUGUCGACCACCUUCCAUUCGGCGGAAUUGGUCCGAGCGGCUCCGGAUACACGACCGGCAAGUUUGGGUUCGACACGUUCACGCAUCUCAGGGCCACGAUAGAUAAUCCGAGCUGGGUCGAUAAACUGGUCAUGUCGGCGCGCUACCCACCUUACGACCGCGGCGCAAUUCAGAAAUUGAACAAGAUGUCCAAGCCAACGCUUCCGCCGCGUCCGGGCAGUCGUCCGAGUCUAUUGAAGAGGUGGCCGCUGUGGCUUAUUCUCGCCCUUGUAGGCCUGGUGACCAAAGUGAAGUGGCGCUCGAUCGUAGGGUCUGCUGCUUGAUGAACCAGGAAGCGAAUCAUCUCAUCCUGUCUGUUGUCCUCUCCUAGUCUCUGGUGCUGUAUCACCCUGUACUUAUGGCGAAGGAUCUGUACAUAUGUAUGCUAUACUGUUAUAAUGGAACCUUGUUAAGAUACAAGAAUGCU